AUUCGACUUCAAUAUACUCCACUCACAACGAUACGAUUAGCCGAUGGUCAAAGAAAUAGAUCCAAGUUUAAACGAAGUCAACUUUCUUUUAGAAGCUCUAAAGGAUGGCAAACGAGUUGAUGGACGUGAAAUUUACGACAUGCGAUCGUUAGAAAUUAAGUUGGGCUCGGAUUACGGUUUCGUCGAAGUUCAAUUGGGGAAAACCAAAGUAACAGCGAAUGUAUCAGCUGAAGUAGUUAGACCCUAUCCUGAUAAGCCAACAGAGGGACAACUUAUUUUCAACUGUGAAAUCUCACCCAUGGCUGCACCAUUUUUUGAAGCUGGAUCACGCUCUGAGGAAGAAGUUUUAAUUAGCCGUAUUAUUGAAAAAUCACUACGCCGUAGUAGAGCUAUUGAUACAGAGGGUCUUUGUAUUGUGGCAGGAGAAAAAGUGUGGCAGAUCAGAGUUGAUCUAUUAUUUCUGGACCACGAUGGUAAUCUUAUGGAUUGCGCCUCCAUAGCAGCGAUCACAGCACUAUUAUAUUUCAGACGGCCAGAUGUCACAGUUUCGGGAGAAGAAGUGACAAUUCAUCCAGUGGAUCAAAGGAACCCAGUACCAUUAAGUAUUCAUCAUAUACCAAUCUGCAUUACACUAGCCUUCUUCGAUAACGGUGAACGCUUGGUGGUUGACCCAAACUAUCUUGAAGAAAAAUCCCAGGAAGGAUCUAUGACAAUUACAAUGAAUGCUCAUAAAGAAAUCUGUUCUUUUUCGAAAGCAGGCGGAAUACCGUUGGAAAUGAGUCAAGUAUUAAGAUGCUCUGAAAUCGCUGUACUCAAGGUACAAGAAAUCGAUGAACUUAUAAGGAAAGUUUUAGACGAAAAACUAAGGAGAUAAUGCCUCAGAUGCUUGCAAAUAUUAGGAUCUUUUUGCACAGAAUAAUAAAGAGUAAUCCAAUAUCAC